CGUAGUCCUGACCUCAACACCACAGGCCCAGCCGAAGGCGGGCGCAAGGGAGUGCGGUUCCAUCCACUGGCUCUCCUCCUCGAUGCAGCUCUUGAAGGUGACCUGCAACUGGUGAAGAAGGCUGCCCUCGAGGUAAGCAGCAUUGCAUCUCUAUAA